CGAAAAUCCCGCCUAUAAACGUCCCCAUACAAACCUUUUGAUGAAGUAAGAAGCCUGUACUUCUUUUUCUACGUCGUCCAGGUGCUGAAGAAGAAGACUAACUACAGUCGUUAUGGAGCAUAACUCAGAGCAGAGCAGUAAGUGUCAGUCUGUAAAUGCUACUAUUUAGUUUGUUCUAGAUCACGCGGCAGAAAGAAACAAAUUGUGAAUACCUUUGAAAAGAUUUCAUCAAAGUAAAAUAGAGGAUCACAAAUAUGUCCGCCACCAGCUCCAGCGCUUCUCUGCAGUCGGCUCAGUACAUUCUGCCUGGAGGGGAUUCGAUGGUCCAGAUGUCAAGCCGGUCGCUCCUUCUUAAGGCUUCUUGGUUUUCUUUGGAAUUGGAUUUUAUAUUUAUUUAUUUUAUUGCAAAAAUGAAUUUGUCCACAAGGUAGAUCGACCACAUCGGAAUAUCCCGUUGUUCUCUUUCUCAACAGAUACGUAGAAAUUUAUAGCUCUACUUCUACCACCUCUAAUCUUCGAGCAGUUUCAAGGCAGAACCUAUAUCUCGCUCUCGGAUUCUGCACGCUGGCGCAGUUGCUCGAAAUGACGUGGCCUUGGAUCUGGGAGAUAGGUUUGCAGUUAAGACCGGAGCAUCGUAUCCGAAGAGGCGUGUCGAAAAUAGUGGCUGGCUUUCUAGGUUGUGUCGCUUUGGGUCAAUUAUCAGCUGUCUGGUGUUUUUCAGGCUCCUUUGGGAGACGAGGGAUGAUAGGUGGAAAUAUGAAUCACUAUCAACAUCAUGGUCCUGUAGUAUUGCCUCAUCUGGCACAUGACAUAUAAUGAUGAUUUGUAUGAAAAGUUACCGACCUAAACAAAUGUAUUGAACUUCUGCCGUGCAGCAGCACACUAGGCCG